AUGUCCUUCUACAGACAGCUGUGCAGCUACCAGUGCUCCACACCAUGUGAGGUGACCUGCCCACAGCCCAUCGCCAAUGCCUGGAACGAGCCCUGUGUCACAUCAUGCGGUGACUCCAGGGCAGUGGUCUACCCACCCCCUGUUGUCAUCACUUUUCCUGGGCCAAUUCUCAGCUCCUGCCCUCAGGAAAGUGUAGUGGGAUCCUCAGGACCAGCUGCCAUUGGGACCUCACUUGGUUAUGCGGGGUCCUAUGGCUACAGAGGCUUUUUUGCUUAUGGGGGAUCACAGGAAAGCAAAUUCUCAUACCCUUAUUGUUCUCAAAGAGUCAGUGGUUAUCGCUCUAGAAAGUGUGAGCCCUGCCAAACCCAGCAGGAGUAUACUUGCACCAAGAGCAGUCAGGAUACUGAAUGCAAGAUCCAAACUCAAGAGUAA